AUGAAUGCUAAGCCGCACCCUACGGUUAGUUCACAGACCACAAUGUUCUGCUUUUCAGCAAUUAGCACAAUUUUUCGAUCUAAUCUUAAGUGAAGCCCUGUUUGCUACACUUAGUAGGUUUUUUCGCUCAUUCUGGUCUAGGUAUUUGACUCUGACAGAUGCAGAUAUGUCUAGAAGUCCCCCCAAUUCGAGACAUGUCUGUUUCCUGAAAGAAGCUGCCGAUUCCUGACUGACAUUUUCCAUGCUGGGAUUGUCUGCGCAAUUAUGUGCCACCCAAAACCUUUGUGCCUUAAGCAUGCAGAACAUGCUCACAAGAUGCCGGUGGAUAUAAAGCGAUGAGAAUCACCACUACUUAGGGACCGAGAGGCGACUUGUGCAGGAAGGAGAAGGAAUUACGCCAACAUUCGCCUAACACUCUUUUCACACGAAGCCAGAACUUGAAGUGCACGUGGGCCCAGUUGCAGGGCUUGCCUUUUUACCACGGGACGUCCUAGCAUGCCACACCUUUCAUUUGCCUCGAGUGCCUCAUACACCCCUUUCUGCCCUCAAAACGCGAUAGUUGCGCGCAAAUGUUGGGAAAUAGCAGAAUUUCGGUGUUGCUUGCACCCGAGACUUAUCUAGGUUAAUUCCUUAAAAAACACCCAGUAGACAACUUCAGGAAAAACCAGCAACUUUUAGCUCCAGUCAGAAGUAUGUUGACCAGACGUUUACUUUGUCACAGAUCCUAGGCAGUCACUUCCGACUGGGGUUAGUAUCCUAAAGUUCAGUAAGCAGCUAAGAAUACUCACUUCUGUGAUUCACAUCGACUUACUCCAUGCUGUCCGAGCCGCUACAAUAGCAUUACUCUCUGCCAUAAGGAUGGGAGGUCUUUCUAGGACAAUGUACCCUCGAACAUUUACGAGAAUAUCGCGCAAAUGGUGCUUGGAGACCUCCAAAAUGUGACCCAUAUUUAAGAAAACGCAUUGAAUAUGUCGGGAGUUCGAGAUGGCAUUUUUGGAUCUUACUAUGAACCCUACAGGUUCGAUAAUUGCCCGUGGUGCUGAAAAAUUGGGGCCGGCUUAUUUUCCAGGGAGAGUUAUUCACUCAACGCUGUAAUCAUGGGCAACUGGAACAUUCAACGCCAGUGAGAUGUCCGCUGGGAGGUGAAGAACAAUUUAGCGGGACCCAAGACACCCGUAUUAUGAGGGACAUAGUAGACGAGGCCACGCCAUAUGUAUCAAAGGAAUGCAAGUCGUGACAACAUUUAAGCAAGAAGCAGCCGGAUCGACUGUCUAGCCGGGCGGGUGGAAGCCAUCGGACCGACAUCUUAUCCGCCGCGCACGACGGCGUCCAUUGCUGCCCCACCAGCUGGGCGCAGGACGACUUGUGCAUGGAUCUAUUUGUGGUGACGCGGACUUGCACUGCACUUGCCUCGCUCUAUCUUCCGAUGGCAAUACAAAAUUAAGAAAACCACACGUGGAUGCGGGCGCACUGGCUGACAGAGUUAAACGGCUCGUAUGCGCGUGCCACACACGGCCUGGUCUCCGUUGCGCAUGCACCGGGCUAUACAAAAUGGCACACGCGGUGUUUCAUUCGUCAUCCCAACGUCGACAUGCGUUUUGCAUGAGCUAUGCGCGAUGAGCUGUGGAUAAUUGUCAUUUGUACGUAUGCGACCGAGUAGGCCCAUGUCUAUUCUAAGUGAGUUUGCGCGUUCCGGGACAAUGUAGGCAGACAAGGUAUGUGUGGCGAAUGUAUGUUGGGGCUUCGAGUGCUGGCUUGCGGUCACCGUUUUAGUGAAAAAGGUUCAAUAUAAAAGGAGAAUGAAAGAUUUGAUGACGAGGUAAAACCAAGGUUCCGGAAGGAUUAUAUUUUGUUGGGAAAAAUUCCAUGGAAUUCAGGAAUGGGAGAGAAUCGCAGUCAACAAACAAACUGUACUGAUUUCUAAUUGUUAGGCAGAAGACCAUUUUCCAACAAGCCGGCAGCUAUAUGGUCUAAGCCAUCCACCAGAAACUGGGGAUGAGUCUGAUUUUUAAUAGGGUGGUCAUCAGCCAUAUCAUCAGCAUAUUAAACAUACAGGCAGUCAUUGGACGAUCUCAGGUCAUCAGUGUAAAACGAGAAGGGGUGGUGGGAAAUGAUGAAACCUUUAAGGAUUCCACAGUUAUUAGGAAGACUAGUAGACUUUCGCUUGCCAGACUGGACAAAUUGACUACGGAAGGUAAAAUAAUCUCCAAGUCAAGAAACAAUCCUGCCUGGAGAGUCGUACUCAAAUGUUUUGCUGAGGAGAUGGCGUGGGACUGUGUUGAAGGCAAGGAAAUAGUCGCGAAAUGCACGUGCGUACGCACAUAAACCCCUGUUCAACUCCCCUAGUGUAGGGUAAACCACAAGAGUUACAUCAUCCAACGCACACGCCUGGCCUGACAUGCGAAUUGUAAGGGGUCGGAAAAAUUGGAGAAGAAUGAUGUAGUGGCAUCUUAGGCAACACUUUUAGUGAGCUUCAUAAGGGCGGAAAAUUACGCAGUUGGACGGAAGGAUUAAGGACCAAAAUUAGCAGACCUAUUAACGAUGGGUGUGGUUCUUAUUGAACUCCAAGCGUCAGCCACCUCUGACUCCAUAAAGGACAUGUUAAUAAGAUUGGUUAAAACGGGUGCUAUCUGAGAAGAGUAGGACUUAAGGAGAAAUGAUGAGACACCAUCCGGUCCGGCAACUGUUGGUCCGCGAACCUUUUGAACAUAUUUCUCCACCGUAUCCACAGACACGGAAAAAAAGCAUACGGUGAAAGCGAACUGUCGUUUGAGAAAAGAUUGGAGUCAUUGGGACGUUGAUCUCGGCGACACGAAAAUGCCGGCGUGCGGCGGAAGUUAAGGAUUAGUCGUCGAUUGGGCAGGUGGUGUUUAUUCCUGGCCACUCUUAACAAGGCGAGUAACAUAACACUAAGGAGGACGGGAGUGUGUAUGCCACCCUGAAAAUGCUUCAAAGACCCUACCGUUGUCUGAGUGGCGUCAUUUUCCGUCGUAUAACCAUCUUGCUAUUUGCCUGAAUCUCUGCGGGCGUCCGAAUUUCAGCAUCAGGAUUCGCUGCAUCGAAGGCUCUCAUCAGAUCCACGAAUAUAGUCCAAGUACUAAGACACGCAGAUAUUACUUCUGCCGUGGGCUGUUUUACGUUACUCCUUGUUGGUUGUUUCUAACCUGGCUCCAAUCUGCUGUGCUGUGCUAGAGAUUAUUAGUGGCUCCAACGAGACAACGUUUAUGCUGAUCUUCCAACAUGCUGGCUGCUACGCCAAAUAUCGUCGGAACUGUCUUGAUGUCUGUAAAAAUCCCAAUGUCACCCUUAUAGUUAGGACCGGUGAAGACCACCGGUUUCCUAAAGUUUUUCGAAGAGCUUAGUCCGUAUCGCGACUCGACUGGGUUCCACGAAUUUCUUCGUCGCCUUUCGAAGUAGGCCAUUGUACCAACAGAUGCGAACAGGAGAGUGCUGUGCGCUAAUAGUUAGCAUACUUUCAGCUAUCUGACUACCAGCUGUUCGUUCUUAAUGGUUCAUUUCCGCCAACUUCUGACGAUCAGGCGCCUGAAAAUACACUCCUUCGUUUCCUUUUCCUCUUGUACUUUAUCGGUCGAUCUGCUCUGCCUACGGAAACAGUUUCUAUGCUGGAGUACAGGUAAUUUCGUUCAAUUACCCAGAUAGUGAGAGGCUGUGUCGUUUGCUUCGAAUAGGAGCUGCAAACCGUGCAUCAAGUUUGUAAACAUUUGUUCGUCAGAUAGUACUUGCCAUUGUACGACAGAUAAACGUUCACGGUCAUUCAAAAUUAGUUGCAAUAGUAGGUUGUUAGACGCAGCACUCGCUUCGAAACUUGGUUAGUAUUUACCCCAAUGGCUCCCUGGGCUUUAUGCGAAGCCAGCUCCGCAGUGUGUAUCUGAAGGUUCUUUCGUCCUUUGAAUAAUCGUUGAAUGAAGGCGUUUUUCCUGCAAUGUUAAACAUUCUACUUUUCCUUCGGGCUUUAUCAGCUUGGCUGCUUCCAUGCUGCAUUCUGCUCUACACGACCCUUCUUCCACUAUAUCAUUUCCCUCCUCGUUUUGAUUAAUUUCCUUUAGGAUAUGCCCCCUGACCUCGGACCUGAUAGUUAUAACCAGGGUCAAAUGAUGCCCCCUGGCCACCCACAGUCCAUGCAGAACUUCCAACGAGGCCCGAUUGGUCCACCCCAACUUAAUCCCCAAAAUGCCCCUCCGUACGCGCCGGCGUCCUCGGGACCUGUCAUGAUGGGCGGAGGUCGAGGUCCCAUGCAGCAAUCCUUCAACCCCCAGGUGCCCCAGGAUAUGAUGAUGCAUCACCAGCAACGUACGAUUCUCAAAUUUCGUUCCAACUUUUACCGCUUUUCAACUGUAGCUGCAGUCCUUCUGUCGGCUACUGCAAUCUGACGCUUAAUUUGGGCAUCGGAUUAUCGAGCGCGGAGUAGUGGCCAUAAAUUACAUCCUAUCGGGCGCUCCCGUACUGAAUAAUCACACUGCACCGGUAUAUCACAGUUUCAUCCCAAAGACGCGCGUGAAGUUUCGUAGGCUUCUUGACGUAUAAUUUCUGAUCCAGGAAGAAUAGAAAGUAUGGGCCCUUACGCACAACUUUCUCCACCUUCAUGGCCACUGGUUAAGGCUUCUUCCCAGUCUAAUUCCUGUACAUUUUCAGCGGACACGCAAACCUUUCUGGACUACUUAGCAGACAGAAAUUUGGAUGACAUUUAUGGCAUCACAUGUGUAGUUAUAUCAAGUAGGACAUUUCUUAUGUCAAUCUGUGGAUAGUAGGGGACCGGCACAGCCGGAAACCGUGUUUUGCUGGAUGGGUUCAAACUCCUGAGUUCGUACUGAGCGUUUCGCCUACUGAAAUAUCACAGCUACACCUGCCAGCUGCAAGAACUAAUCCAUUUUCUGCCUUACUGACUCCCCAUACGAGUCUAACAUAAUAUAAACAACGUUUCUGUCGCAGUUUUAAGUGUAAGCUCUGAUCCUUGGAGAUUUGUUAUUUAAGCAUCGUCUUAGACUCAAAGAGGUGCAAUAAUUGGAACAAAUCUAUUGACUGCUUGAGUUUUCGAACAUCCAGGGAUACUAUUCGUAGUCAAAGCCGACACUGGGUAAUAUAACGGAACUGAUUCCAACCAAUAAGUGUCACCGAAAAAUCAAGAGUGAUUAUAAUGACCUAGGAUUUGAAACCGUAUCAGCUCUUCCCUAGGCGUUAAUUCAAACCUGCCAUUGAGUCAUGGGCUCGCCGUCCUGUGAACUGUUUUCGGAACUGGCUUUUCUCAUUCGCCGGUUUCGUCCGUGAAUAUCAGGUGGUUAGCUACUAAACAUGCUUGGAAAAUACUCGCUAAAAGAUGCAGAAUUAUCAGGCAUGUUUAUCUGACUGGGACCAACAGGACUUAUCAACGUGGCUGGCAUCCUUGUCUUUAUCCAAAACUCACCAACAUGCAACUAACAUUUCUCGAGGAUGAAGUUACCCGCAAAAUAAAUUCCGCGUUGGCAAAAUUUGUUGCCGUCUUUAAUUGAGCACUGUAGCGAAUGGAAGUACUAGCAAGGACUGAAAAAAGCUAUCUGCGACCAGUCGUUCCCAUUGUUUAUGGGGCACUGCAAAUAAAGAGAGAUCAGUAGAGGACCAAAAAGCACUCGAAGGUUCCAAAGUGCUCAAAGACAUCACUCCAUGUCCUCAAACGAACUACGUCGAUAACACCAUAGAGACCGGUAAGGAAUGUAUGUAGUAAGUUUGGCGAGAUCAGCGGCCAGGUUGACCUGGAAAUCAACCCUUUCGAAGGGGAAUCUGACCUAUGUUGAAACGAAGCACGAGAGCUCGUCCGUUGCAAGCGACGACCCUCCGCCACGUACCACGCGGAGUGGGCGCAGCAUCGGUGACUUGCGCGUGAAUGAAUUAGCUUAUAGUGGGGCUGGCGUGUGCAGCAUCUACCACACUCCCUCCUCCCUCGCUCGCCUUGCUCCAAUGGCUAGGCAGUGCGCAGACGACCGGAGGUGGGCGCGGGCAUAGUGGCUGACAAAUCUAGACGGCCUGUCUGCGCUUGCAACACACGACCAGAUCCCCACCACAUGUAUCAGGCUGCGAUAAGGCCGGUUGGGGUCACGCAUGCGUGAGAAUGUUUUAAAGGUUGCAUUAAAAAGGAGCCGUUGCAGCCUGACUCUCAAUCCUCUGAAGGACCGAGUUAGCCUGUCAGUUGGGAGCCUUCCCAGCCACAAAUCUUAGCGCAGAUAUUCCGCGAGGAUGGAUCCUUCUUCAGUGCCGGCCUCACUCUACCACACCCCCCGCUGCAGCCGACUUUCCGACUCUCUCUGUCAACGAGUGAUGGGAAUGGACGCAGUGGUUGACGCUGCGUGUCACACGUGAGUACGGUGACCGUUGUGGAUUGUUCGCUCGGGCUCUGCGCAGUCAGGCAAACGCGUGCCAGUCGGUCAGAUGUGGUUAUGUAGCCCCACCGGAAGUAAACAAAUCCCAGCCCCCUGUAAUACGGGACCGGUAGUAAUGGGGGGUUUUUAUAGGUGGGGCCGGGGAACGCACAGGCGACGAGGUCAAGUAGUUGUAUGCGAAAGAAAGCUAUUGGGAAUGCGCGGUUGUACUUUGAAUGAUUGGGAAAUGGUUACCCUUACUCUAACCCCAACCCCAACAGUAUUGUGUCCAGAAGAAGAAGCGAUCGCUGGAACAAGGUCUUUAUUCGCCUGACGUUUCAGGUUCUCACUUGAAUCCAUCAUCAGAGACAGUAGCAGAAAAGGGUGACUCGUGCACUGGAAGUUGCAGUAUUUAUAGGGUGCGGUCGCUAUGCUACCGCAUACCUAUAGCAAUUAACCGCGCUCCCCUUCAUGAAGGAUCGUUGCCCGUUGGUGCGCUAAUUGCUUGCUGACCGGCAUGCAAGUUGUUAAUUACCGAAAUGUCAUCACCCGUGUUAAAUGCUGGCGUGAUGAUUGCGCGGCCAUCUGGCUCACCGGCUUGCGCGCGCCCCGAGUGGUCAAUUACCUUGGUCAGCCUAUGCCUUAGCACGGAGUACGGAGUGGGCAUGUCGUUGCACUUGUUGACAGAUUGAGGUCCCGUGAACCAUGGCUCAAGCAACUCGCGGCUCACACGAUUAUCCCCUCUCGCAAGAGCUUCAUAUAGUACUAAUUCUUGAAAGAUAUAUAGUGAACAUGUACGUAAAAAGAUGAUUUUUUUGAAAGCUGCUGUGCUUAUGCUGCUUUAUUCAGUCAGGUAUUUGUAUUUAGCGAGCUUCAGAUACUUUACAGAAUUGAGUCUACUCACUUGACUCGAAUUUUAACACUUUUUGCCGUUUCUAAUUAACGAAAUGGUACCUGUAGUACUUCCAUUUCUCGCUAAUUUAGGUACAUUCCAAGGGUCAGGUCACCCACUGUACAUCCAGACUUAAAGUCUUCUGCGCGCGUAUUUAUUGUGCGUCUGGACGAUGUUUGUCUGGUGCCGCGUGUCUUAUGACCCGACUGCGGGCAGAUUAGAAUGUCUUCUGCAGACGUGCUGGUCGUCAUGCUUUCCAGCUGAGCAUGUAGGCCCCCUACAAUUUUGUUCCGCAGGAGACCGAUUCGCCGGAUAUUUUCAGCACGUCAGCCUUGCCUGCACAUUAGACCUCUCUCACGCUUUCAGACCUGUCUUAUUUCUUUGCGCGACGACUUGGUGAUUACUCGUGUGUACUUCAUUUUUUUGAACGAAACUAUCUAGUUUUGACAACGCUAACUUGGCAAGGAUUUUUUUUGGGUCUUUUGUACAGGGUUUCCGCCCCCGCCCCCACAGCAACAACAACAACAGCAGCAACAACAACAGCACCAGACUCUGCCCGGUGGUCCUCGUUUUCAGCAGAAUUUUCAGAUGGAUUCUAUGCCGCCUCAAGUGCUUCCCGACCCCAUUCACAACGACGGUGUGGAGUUUAGAGUGAAUCCCAAUACCGGUACGAUGUCGCCAGGUCUUGCCCCGACGUACGACGGAUUUGGAGGUAAACCAGCUCUCGGUGUUCCCCGCAUGGGGGUUCGUCUGCCUACAGACGUGAAUACGGGUGUCCAGCCCCAGUUUAUGCAGCCGCAAGCACAAGGAAUUCCUUCGAAUUCUGCCGCGACUGACAACCCAGCGGGAUCGAUGGGCAGCCGAUAUGGCCUCGGUGGUACGUUCAGGCUCUUCGCUGGAGUCUUCCCUUGCUAGCAGACUAAAAACACUGCCCAGCUGGUAGGUGGACGCUCACCGAUCGGUUACGGGACUCACACGCCCCGUUGUACCCUGGGGAGCCGAUCUAGAGCCCAAGCGACCGUCGCAUAGUGACUAGUAUUAUCUUUAGAAAUAGAUUACCGGCAAAGACAGAGUAGACUGAAAUGACCAUUUCUCGUUUAUUAGCCGUUACCGUCCAACUAUACGCAGCCAGGAAGUGCUCAACCCCCGAGGCUCGAAACCGCGACUUGUUGGUUGUCUAACCCCCUAACCACUGAGUCAUGGGCUAAUUGUCUUGUCGAUUUCGAUCGGGAAUAUUAACAUUGGUAGAUAAACUCUCACAAGUCUCCCUUGUAUUUGUUGGCAAUCUGUUUCCGAGUAUAACACCAGUCGUCGUGCAAGGCCGACGGGGCUCUAAAUCGAGCCCGAAAAACACAACGGGGCGAGUGAGUCCCGUAACCAAUCGGUAAGCGCCCAUCCACCAAUGUUAGUAUUACCGAUCGAAACCGACAAUACAACUGGCCCGUGGCCCAGUGGUUAGAGGCGCUGGACUUCUAACCAACGGGUCGCGGCUUCGAGCCUCGGGGGUUGCACACCUAGUGGCUGGACAUGGCUGGUCGAUGACAGCUUAUAAACCGAAAAUGGCCAUUCCAGUCUCCCUUGUCUUUGUACGCAAUCCAUUUCUGACUGUCCAACUGAUUGGCCAAACUCAUGACAAAGUCGGCUAACCGCAAAUGUCGAAAAUAACUAGGGGGUAGGUGGAUGUUUGACCAACACGGUACUCGGGAGCAACUAGCUACCGACGUUAUCAAAGCACCACUCCCCCAGGUGCACUCAUUCAGUCCAGAAGCAAUCGGCGGGCAACACGGUCAAGCUAAUGUCGCCGACAUAGCAACCACUGACAACAGUUGAGGCAGGACCGGAGAUGACUGGAUGACAUUGUUAACCAGCUCGCUUGUCCCUUAAGUAACUGCGACUUUUUGCACCUCUAACCCUAAAAAAGCCAGACAAUGAAUAAGGCUAUUUCGACAAGUUUUAGUGACUUCUAAAUUACUCAGUCAGAGUCUCGUUUUGCCUCCUUGAUUGACUAACAUACUCAUAUUCUUGUACGUCCGAGAAUUCUGCAACGACCACCUCCAGCAGUUGCGGCUGCCUGUUUUGUGGCUUUUCCUAUAACUCUCAUUUCCGCUCAACGGGACCCAAAACGAUGCAUUCAGGGCAGUCUUUCCGGCGAUAGCAUUUUCGAGCUAUAAAGACGUUCCGAGCAGUGAAUCGAAGUGACGGGCCACUUAUAGAGUCACCCCGCUCGGAUAGUGCAGGGCAUUAUUAGUACAAAUGACAAAUCUCUAGUUCCCCACUUUCCGUAACCUGUCUACUCGGGGGUACAGUCGAAAUUUGUUUUUUCCCUCCUUCCAUCCUCCCUUCAUCUUCCUUGCGAGUCACGAAAAUAUUUCACAGACUACUGUAAAUCCACGGUUGGUGAUGACUGAUCAGAUGGGUGGAAAUGCAAUUUAGACAUUUCUAUACUUUAUGAUGGUUCUGCUGAUCCUAAAACGGCUAUUUCGCUCUUCUACGGCAACCACAAUACCAAGCUGUACUGAUUACCAUGAAGCACCUCCCUACGCGGUAGUACGCCUGCCCUCAGUUAAAAAUCACCGCUUAUCUAUUGUGCCUUUUCGACUGACUUUGGUACUCGUGCAGAUGCACUUACAUUUCCUUGAAGGAGUGCACGAAACUAUCUAUUUAGGUUUAUUUUGUGCGAACUUAGGUGUUCUUGAAAUGUAUUGUUUGAGGGAAGGGGUACGUUUACUUUUCGAAGGCUUUUUACUCAUAAGAAUGGAACAUUCACAUGAGUUACUGCCCACAAAGUUUACAGGUCAAUCCAGACCCAACCUCGAGAAAUCACGCGAGGACGUCAAGAGUCACAUUGCGUUUUUUAAAGGAAAUAUUCGUUGCAUGUAGAUUGAAAACCAUUUGCCCCAGAGAUUACAUGGAUUGGUUAACCCUCUCUAGACGGAGCAACUCCUUUCUCUUACACGAAGAACGGGCCUAAUAAGUAGAGCUUUAAUGGCUGUAUUUUUACAAGUGUCCUAUCCCGAAAUUCGUACAAAAACCCUUGUAACUCACAGGCCGCCCACCCCGCAUCUACGAAAGCUAUAUUGCUUGAAAAAACGAUCGUUCUUCAAAAAAAGACAUUGUUUGGUUCACAAGUUGUUACUAUUUAUUGGUUGUGGAAUAAUUUAUUUUAUCGUAAACCACCAAAUAAAAAAGACUUCAUGAGAGGUCAACUAUCUAAGGCCUGAUAUAAUAAAACGAGAGAAUGCUGAAAAACCGUAACAAAUACAACGUAUUAAUCUCUUGUGGAUUGAUUGUCCCUUUGCAUGUAAGGCAGCUGUAAGGCGUACAUAGAAACUACCGAGUUGUCUGCGGUGGACUGGUCUACACGAUUGUUAAACAAAAGCCAGCCUUUACUGUACUGAAAAGUGUUUUGUUGUUUUGCCCCACCUUCCUUUGAUUAGUACAAAAAAUUUCCGAUCGGUUUGAGAUCCGGACUAUUGGCUACAGUAAAAAUGCUUUGUAGGCCGCAGGCGAGGAGGCCAGCUGUGGUCUCAAAGAUUAGAUUGCAGUCAUAAGCUUAAUCAGAAUCAUACCUCCUUUGAGCGGUGAACACAUGUAUUACCCCGCAACAUUACGACGUCCAUUCGACAUCGGCGAAUUCGUUGUUGCCGAAGGAGUCUUUUACGUUGUCGAUGGACACCUCGCUACUCAUGAUCUCCGUUGUCGACCACCAGAUUGGUCGUUCUACAAAUCUGAUGGCCAUCAAAACCACCAGACAUCGGCAGUUCUUGAAAUUUGCUGCCAAAAUGAUGUGUUUUCGUAGGACGUUCUUCCAACAUAUGACCGCCUGGGUCGACCUCGGGGGCUUGCCUAAAAAUAUGGCCUCAUCACAAAAGUAAAUGUUUUUAGAGACUGAAAGUCUGCGAUCAAUAUACUCUUGAACCAAUAAAAUACGUUCUCUUGACAGUUUUGUCAUAGCGUUUUGCUGGUGGAGGCCGAAUCCCUUCAUCCUUUUUGUGGUUAUGCAGAGGGACAGCGUUGGCCAAUUCUCCCUGUGAAUUUUCUUAAGGGGCAUAUAUUUGUACAGUAAAUGUGCUAACUCAUGUAAUGUUAACGGAAAUCCUCAAAUGCGCUUUCGUUUCGAAAAGAUUAAUUGAGUAAGGUUGUAAAAUUAAUCUUCGUGCAGCAUUAUUCUAUAAUAAUCCAGUUACUUCAGGAUGCCGGCUUUCAAACGAACUUCUUUCCGGCUGCAUGCAACAACUAUGCUCUGUAAAAUGACUACUUAAAUAGCAUGCAUUUCUCUCAUUGAUUUUCGAUACCCUUAAAAACUCAAUUAUAUUUCAUGCAUAAAAUAUUCUUUCACUUAUUUGAUAUAAAACUACGUCUUCUUUUAAUUUUAUACUUGAAGGAAGAGUAUAAUUCGGAUUUCGAAAACUUUUCCGACUCCCGAAUAAUGUUGAACCCCGACCAGCCGUUACACUAGCAUUCAGGGUUUCUAAACUACAAGCCAUGUAUUUUCCGCGUCGGAAAACCACACAUCUCUCAACGGUAAUAAAAGGGGACCAUAUAGGGUUCAUAAAGUUUAGCAGUGGAUUUGAUCCAUAUUGUUAACUUCACAAGCCACAUUGGUAAAUGCAGAGACAUGACGAUUUAUGAACGGCCAUUGCACUUUUUGAAGAUCGAAUUCUUCUCUUUUUUGAGUAUGAAAUUGGAAGAAGACGUAAUUUCCUAGCGAAUUAGUAAAAGAAUAAAUAUUUUUAUGCAUGUUUUUCAUGAAAUAUAAUUGGACAUUUAGGGGUAUCGAAAAUAAAUGAGAAAAAUGCAUGCUACUUAAGUAGUCAUUUCUUAUCGGGUUUGCAUGCAGCCGGAAGGAAGUUCAUUCAAAAGCCGGUAUCCUGAGGUAACUGAAAUAUUAUAGAAUUAUGCUGCACGAUGAGCAGUUUUACAACCCUACUUAAUUAAUCUUUUCGAAACGAAACGCAUUUCAAAAUUUCGAUAAACAUUUCGUGAGUUAGCACACCUACUGUACUUUCUAGCUGUACGACGAAUAAAAUUGUCGUCUUUCCUCUGGACCGCUCCGGUCCACCUUGUUCAAUUCUAGGCACUGUUCUCUUAUUAAUGAUUCUCCAUAAAGCGUCCUGGGUAAUAUUAAAAAUAUUAGCCAGAGACUCACGCGGCAGCCCUUAUUCUGACAAUUUCCGUAUGCACUUGAAUUCAACGUCCUACUGGAAUUGUUUUAACAUCUUUAUCGCACAACGUGAUAGAGAAAAGUAGCAGCCUGCCAUGGGUACUAAAUACGUAUUUGUUUUCCCUUCUACUGCUCGGUGUGAUAGAACUAAGUACUGCUUAAUAACUUUGUUACUGUGUUCUAUGGAGUAGAACGUCAUAAAUUCGUAAAACAGAAUUUUUAAAGAUGAAUCCACCAAUUGUUUCUCCAAAAUAGUGCAACUCUCGAAACCCGCCUUCACCUGGUUUUCAUUGAUGCAAAAUCUGCUUUUCCGGUUACAAAAGAGAUUUUUUUACAGCACAACGCGCGCAAGGACGUUUUUGACCUAUAACAUUAAAAAGCGCAGGGGAUUGCUGGGAUGUCUAAGAGCAUCGGAUUUCACCUAAAUCUGACUCGUUUUCCUUCCCUAGAACAGAGUUGAAAUAAAUCCUUCUUUAAUAAAAAGCUUUCUGCGCCUCAAAUAAUCUAAACAACCAAAAUCAACAGCAUCGAAUACAUGCCGUACUUCCCGCCCAAAUAUCGCUUAUAGCAUUUCAUGGGCCAGGCUAUCCAGUAAGUCAGGUGAAAAAUUGGGACGUUUGGUUGGCUUUCUCACUCUCCCGAUAAAUAUAGGCAAUCCUUCUUCUGAAAACAAAAGAGCUCACUUUUGUCUUCAUAUUGGAGCCGCUUUCGUUAUCUAUACUAAGCUGCGUUCUGCGACUAGUAAUACACAGUAGGGUGACUGUAUAAAUGCUAACAUAUUGCUCUAAGUACUAAUGCUCCGCCGCUUCGUUUUUUAAUGGCAUAUUGGCAGAAAUUAGAUUGCACAAAAAGUGUCUUACCAUAUACCCAGAAUCUAAAAAUGGUCACUUGGUGGUGGGACUUUUCGCGUUUGAUUAUGGCAUAUUCGCAAGCGCCGGGUUCGGACGAGCUCGUUAUCAACCGCCUGCGCAAACUACAUUCUGUAAAAAUGACUACUUAAGUAGCAUGAUUUUUUCCUGUUUAUUUUCAACGCCAUUAUGAAUUCAAAUAUAUUUCGUGGGAAACACGCACAAAAAUAUCCUUUCUUCUAUUCAAUCGGUGGCGAAUUUCAUCUUCAAAUUGCAUAUUUGGAGAAAGAGCAUCUUUCACUUAUGGAAAUUUUUAUGAGUUUUUUUAAGACCGUGAAAUGUCCAAUCAUACAUGUAUUAAUACUGCUCAUAAAGGGGAUAACACGAUCCACAUCCAUUGCACCAUUUUACGAGCCCUAUAUGUCCUCUUUGUGAUAACAUAUAGAAAUGUGUGAUUCCCUUCGCAGUAAAAGUGAACAGAUUGUGGUUCUGUAACCCUGACUGCAAGUGUAACGGCAGGUCGAGUUCAAAAUCAUUCGGGAAUUGAGGAAGUUUUUUAAAACUUAAAGAUAAACUUUCUUCAAGUAAAAAAAUUUGAAGGAGACGAGAUUUGUUACGAAAUGAGUAAAAAAAUAAAUAGUCUUGUGCAUGUUUUCUAUAAAACGUAUUUGAAUUUAUAAAGGUAUCCAAAAUCAAUGGCGAAGAUUCAUGCUACCUACGUGGUUAUGUUUAACGGAAUAUCGUUUAUUCAAGCGGUCGAUAAGAGGCUCAUUCGAAAGUCGGCAUCAUGAAGUGACUGUAAUAUCUUUACAACGUGAAGUGAUGAUUAAUAUUACAACCCUACUAAGGUAAUAUUUUGGAAUUGAAGAACCAUUUCAGAAUUUCAGUCAACAUUCCAUGAGAUAGCAUAUCUACUGCACAUCGAAGCAAAGGAUUGCCUGUGGGCGAUAUUCCUGUCUUUUAGGACAUCAGAUCGAACAAAUUUACAGGUCUGAAUGUUUAUAUUCAAAAAACACAUCUGGUUCUUUGAAAACGUGUUUGUUCAUAUGCCGCUUCGCCUGAUUUACGGGAACCUAAAAAUAAUUUUCGAGUGGAUGACAGUAUGACAAAUUUUUCCUGUUUAUAUUACUCGCCUCUUGUAAAAAAACACCCACGGAUACGCAGACUUGGUUUGAAACAGCUAUUAGCAUAGGUAAUUGCCCGAAUGUGGGCAAACGUUCAUUCCCUCUCAAAUUUGUAAUCCUUUCCUUCAAACGCAAUUGCUUAGAAACAUCCUGCAUGAGCAAAGGAUAUUUUCCGGAACGGGUUAGACGAAUGCGUUAGUUACACAACGGUUUAGAUGCUUCAGAAUAAGCAUAUAGACUUCCGCCAUCACGUUUCAUGAGUUACGCCCCCUUCCUGUAAGUAGCAAUUUUUCCAAUGCAUAAUUUUCGCACCUGGCUGGAGGGCCUGCAUCGCGGUCCAUGCUAAUCAGCAUCAGCAACGCCCAUUAGUGAUCAUUCCUACUGGAAGACAUACUUAAGGAUUACAGUUUAAUAGACUUCAGUUCAUUCAAUGUGCGGAUGCGAGACUAUCGACGUUUAAUCCAACUGAAUUUACGUCACCACCCUUGUCUGUAGGUUCGGAAGCCCCCACCAGUGCCCAGUCCACAAUGUGUGCACCACCCGCUGGUCCAAAUGCCUCCCGAGUCUCGGCUCCGCCUCAAAGCCAGCCGCCCAGAUCCACAAAUCCUCCGAGCAAACCAACCACCAGUGGUCUCCGCGAUAGCCUGCCUUCCAUGUCCAUGCCGGCAGCCCCGCCUUCGUUCCCCUUGCCGGUGCCCGGAACCCUCUGUGCGGCCUGCAGAAGAGAGAUUCUUCCUGGCCAGGAGAAGACCCUCGAGAACCCGGCUGCUGCUGCUGCUGCUGCUGGCGGUGCUGCUGGCGUGGAUUUUGCUAAGAUGGGUAAUAGGCAACACCAAGAGCAGCAACAGCAACUGCCCAUCCAGUGCGACGCCGGCUGCCGUGAAUGGUUCCAUCUAGCCUGCUCUGGCCUCACACCGGAGGCAUUCUUCCUUUUGAAGGGGGAGCCACUCGCCGAAUGGCUGUGCAAUAACUGCGCUGCUCUCGCCUAUCCCAACAUACCUUACAUUCGUCUUCGUCAGUGA